AAUUCUCUCGGUAGGUAGUGUGGUCUACAGCUUAUCAUGAGAUACUCUACCUCAGGCGAGCAAUAGCUCAAGACUUCCUUAGAUAUUGUGCACCAGCUGUUGUUUACAAAUAUACAUAGACUGCCUCCCCUUAUCUUACCAGAUGCCGCUGUUCUAUCCUGCCAGUACAUCGUAUAACCAGCCAGCUGUAUGUUGAUGUUGUCGUCGUUCAGCCACGACUCCGUGAAGUAUAAGAUGUUAGUUUUUAAUGUCCCGUUGGUAGUUCCAUCUUCCGUGUAACUCUUAGAUUUUAUUGUCCAAAGAGUGCACGUUUGCUAGCAGAAUGGAGGGAAGUGGGGGUUUAUUCGAUCGCCUACGAAUUCUCAGAAGGUAGCCCGACAUUCGCCCCCUCUUUCUCCACCUCCUCUUCACGCAGAUCACGGGGAUCAGGGCCUGUUCCUGAGGAAGCAGUGUAUCCUUCGCGUCGGGCUCGUCAGAGUCGUGAAAGGAAAAAGAGGAUUCUACUUGUCCGUGAAAACUCAAAGGACUAUGCAUUUCAGGGAUGGAUGAAUAAAACCAGAACAAAAAUCUGCUCCUGUAACACAGUACUAUCAUACAAGGCCUAUCUUGAUAUGACAAUGGUGUGAAGUGGCCCUCAGGAAAGAAGAACACAAGUCCCUCAGGUGUCCCACUGUCCUCUUCAUCGCUCCAUGCCCCGCUAAGAAGACAACACAGUGUUCCACUUGUGGAAAGAGGAGUUUUGCACCCUCUUUUUGCUCUACCGUUUCUUUCUUGCCAUGGGGGGUGCAGUGAGCGCUGGGGAGGACAACAAUGAUCUGAUUGACAACCUGAAGGAGGCGCAGUACAUCCGUACAGGUCGCGUGGAGCAGGCCUUCAGGGCCAUAGACCGCGGGGACUACUACCUGGAUGGCUACAGGGACAAUGCCUAUAAGGACCUGGCAUGGAAGCAUGGAAACAUCCACCUUUCUGCCCCCUGUAUCUACUCUGAGGUGAUGGAGGCUCUGAAGCUCCAGCAGGGACUGUCCUUCCUCAAUCUGGGCAGUGGGACUGGAUACCUCAGCACCAUGGUGGGACUCAUAAUAGGUCCAUUUGGUGUGAACCAUGGAGUGGAGCUCCAUACGGAUGUGGUGGAAUACGCCAAGGAGAAACUAGAUGACUUCAUCAAGAAUAGUGACAGCUUUGAUAAGUUUGAGUUCUGUGAACCCAUCUUUGUGGUGGGCAACUGUCUGGAGAUCUCGUCAGACAGUCACCAAUACGACCGUAUCUACUGUGGUGCGGGGGUGGAGAAGGAUCAUGAAAAUGACAUGAAAAUCCUGCUCAAAGUUGGGGGUAUUCUAGUGAUGCCUAUAGAGGAUCAGCUGAUACAGAUCACCAGGACUGGUCAGUGUUCCUGGGAGAGUAAGAAUAUCCUGGCCGUGUCAUUCGCACCUCUGGUCCAGAAGAACAGAGCUGAGGGAAGCAAGCCUGAUGCUGUAGAACUCCCCCCAGUGACAGUCAGGAGCCUUCAGGACUUGUCUCGCGUCUACAUCCGCCGCACCCUCCGAGAUCUGACCAGUGAAGAAUGUCCUGACAAAGGUCUGGUGCAGAGGGCGCCCCAGAAACGCAAGCGCAGGCGUUGCCGGCUGCGACGCAUUAACACGUACAUCUUUGUGGGUAACCAGCUGAUCCCCCAAGCUAUGGAGAGCGAGGAGGACGAACAGAUUGACCAGGAGCAGCACAAGGAGGACCAGGAGCAGCAAAAGGCGCAGGAGAAGGAGCAGCAGGAGAAGGAGCAGGAGGAGGAGAGAGACAUUGGCAGCGUUGAGAUACUGAAGACAGUGAAUGUGCUGAGAGACAAAAUCAUGACUUUACCUCUGCCUGAAUCGCUGAAGACCUAUCUGUUAUACUACAGAGAAAAAUGACUGACUGCUCAACCUGCUGGCAUCCGUUCUCAUGGAUGCCAUGCCUGCUGAGAUACCUUUCUUCAUUCUCCUGUUUUCUCUUUUUUCAGUACUGAAUUUAGUAUUCUUUUUCUUCUUCAAUAUGAACAUGGAAUGGACACUGAGACUUCCUGUGUCGUCAUGGAUCAUUUUCUAUCGUUACUAUAAUAUGGUUAUGUUCGUUUUUAUGUUAUCGAUUGUAUUUUGAAUUUUUAUAUCAAAGAUUUAUUUAAAAGCCUACUGAAUGGAAACUCCUUUUCAAAUAUGGUAUUUUGAGGAUGUAGAUUGUAUCACAUGUUAAUAUUCCAGCAAAUUGUCACGAAAUGAAAUUGUAUAAAAUAAAAUGCUACCUAUAUUUGUUAACAAUAAGAUAAUGUAAAAAUCCAGAUUUUUACUGCACCUUUUCUAGAAGCAUUAUGGAACUUGAUAUUACUGAAUUAAGAUUUACAAUUGCUGAAUAGAAUAACCAGAGACCAAAAAAAAUGCAUGUACACUUCCUAUUUGAAUCAAAGACUAUUAUGGAACAUUUUCUGAAACAUUUCCUCAUGAAUCAUUGAAGGGGCAAUUCUUUCAUUGUUCUUUCCUCACACUGUUAUGUUUGAGUAGAGGGAUUGUAAUGCUGUGUGACGAUGAGAGCUCAAUGGCAGAUUGGUUUGGCAUUUAUUUUGUACCGCAUUUUUAAAUCUCAAGUAUUUCUUUAGGAUGGUUAUAUCCUCUUGCUUUCUCUCACUUUGCACGUAAUAGGCAUUUUCACUUGGUGACACAUUUUUAUUGCCUUAAAUGUUUCGUCCGCCAGACUUAAUUUUCCCUCUUUUUUUUGGGUGACGUGCAAAGGGUUUGCAAUUAUCAUACCAGCAGUUAGGCGAACGGGGAAUCUGAUGAAUGAAGAUUUUUCUAAUGGUGAAUGAAAACAUAUUGAUUCUGGUUUCAAGAAUCUUUCACCCACACAUCAUCUCCAGCCCUUUAUCUAGACCUUGAAUCACUUACUGUAUGUCAACACUGAAGACCCAUAAAGUCACGGGUAUAGGACUCAUAUUAUUAUAAUAAUAAUCCUGUACUGCAGUGGUGACUGAUGUCACUUCAAACAGGAGGACAGGCUCAUAGUAAUGUUUGGAAUGGAGCAGUAUCUAACAGGAGGACAGGCUCAUAGUAAUGUUUGGAAUGGAGCAGUAUCUAACAGGAGGACAGGCUCAUAGUAAUGUUUGGAAUGGAGCAGUAUCUAACAGGAGGACAGGCUCGUAAUGUUUGGAAUGGAGCAGUAUCUAACAGGAGAACAGGCUCAUAGUAAUGUUUGGAAUGGAGCAGUAUCUAACAGGAGGACAGGCUCAUAGUAAUGUUUGGAAUGGAGCAGUAUCUAACAGGAGGACAGGCUCAUAGUAAUGUUUGGAAUGGAGCAGUAUCUAACAGGAGAACAGGUUCAUAGUAAUGUUUGGAAUGGAGCAGUAUCUAACAGGAGAACAGGCUCAUAGUAAUGUUUGGAAUGGAGCAGUAUCUAACAGGAGAACAGGCUCAUAGUAAUGUUUGGAAUGGAGCAGUAUCUAACAGGAGAACAGGCUCAUAGUAAUGUUUGGAAAGGAACAGUAUCUAACAGGAGGACAGGCUCAUAGUAAUGUUUGGAAUGGAGCAGUAUCUAACAGGAGAACAGGCUCAUAGUAAUGUUUGGAAUGGAGCAGUAUCUAACACACUGAAUUUAAUUUAUUUUGGGUAACAGACAUAUACAACAAAAUGCACAAUGUGGACCCAGAGGAUAUCACUUGAAAGUAUUAAUUAAAACGCUUGUUUCCAAAGUGGUCCUUGAUGCUAAGAACAAUAACACAUGUAUUACAUGGUCUCCAUGUAUUUGAUAUCAUUUAAUUCCAGUCAUUACCAUGAACUGUCCUCUCUUCACUGGCCUCCACUGAUGUGCAGUGAUUAGUAAGUGUUAUGGCUUCUCUGAAAGAUAAUGUUUGUCAGCUUUGGUAAACACAACAUAAAUGUACUAUUACUUUGUGGUAUGAAAAUAUGUACUGUGUUUUUAAACCACAACAAAUGGCCCGAGGCGGGUCAUGACACAAACACUCACAAUACAUUGCAUAGACCGCUUUUUCUAUUUGUAGCAGCAAAGUCUCAAUAAUGGGAGAUUUUGGGAUCCUUCUAUUUCUGGACUGUGACAGUAUCCACAAUAACAAGCACCGUAUUCUGUUAAAUCCUAAAUCAUGAAAAUAGACCUGCCAUCCUGCGUUUGAUGUACAGUACCAGUUAAAGUUUGGACACACCUACUCCAUCCAGGGUUUUUAUUUGUACUAUCUUCUACAUUGUAGAAUAAUAGUGAAGACAUCAAAACUAUGAAAUAACAC